GCGAGCGGCGCAGGGCGGAAGGCGCCAGCACAAGCGAGCGCCGCUGAGCCCGACGCGGACGGGGACGGCGAGCGGCCCCGAGCGGCCUCCGAUGCGACGCGGCGUGAAGAGGCGGCGGCGCCGGCCCCGGGCCGCCUGGGGCGGCGGCUACGGAGCGGAAGGAGGGGCCGGGCUGGAGGCACUGGAGGAGAAGGUGGUGUACUCGCGAUCGCAACUGUCGCUGGCCGGCAGCACGGAGGCGCUGGGCGACGCCUUCAAGCUCUUCAUGCCCAGCAGCACGGAGUUCAUGAGCUCGGAAGCGGAGCUCUGGAGCUUCCUCUGCAGCCUCAAGCACCAGUUCUCUCCGCACAUCCUGCGCAGCAAGGACGUCUACGGCUACUCCUCGUGCCGGGCACUGGUGCCCGAACCCCCGGCGCCCGACAGCCGCCCUGCACGCCGGCCGCGCCCGCGCGCAACGCCCAGGAGGAGGCGCCGUGGAGCUCGGGCUGCCGCGGGCCCCAGCAGGCCGCGCCCCGCCGCUGCCGAGGAGCCGGGGCCUCCGGUGUCCUGCUUCGGGGGCCGCACCCUGGAGGAGAUCUGGAGGGCGGCCACCCCGACGCUGACCAGCUUCCCGACCAUCCGCGUCGGCGACGACGUGUGGGGCGAGCGCAGCCUGGCGGUGGCGCGGCGUAGGGCGCGCCAAGUGCUGCGAGUGGACCUGGACCCGGUGGUGAGGCUGCGCCGCUUCCCGGUGCCCCGGGUGUGAUGCGCGCCGCGGCGCCUCCUGCCGGCCGCCGCCCGAGGAAGCUUCCGCGCGCUGGAACGGACUAAUGUCAGUCGAAUGUUUA